AUGCUGCCGGUGGAGCCCGGCACCUGCUGGGGGGGAGGGAGGGAGGGAGGGAGGCAGGCACGGGGGGGCUUACCGGGCGGAUGGGCGGCGGGUAACCUUGGCGGGCUGGUGGCGGCUGCGGCUGCUCCCGGCGUCCUCCUCUUCCUCCUCCUCCCGCUGCGGCUCCGCCUCCUCCUGCCCCGGCGAGGAGGAAGUGACCUCAUCCCGCCUCCGGGGGCUCGCCCGCCUGCCUGCCCCGCCCGCCCCGCCCCGCGCGCGGAGGACGGACUGAGCACCGCCCCCCCCCCCGGUCGUCGCCGCGAGACACGGACUGGCGGCCCAGGAGGCCGCAGCAGCAGCCGCCUCUUCCUCCUCCUCCUCCUCCUCCUGCUGCUCUGCGGGCGGCGGCUGCCCCGCCUGGGCGGAUCCCUCCCCGCUGGCGGGAAGGCGGUGCUGAUCACGGGCUGUGACAAGGGAUUUGGCUACGCCGCGGCUCGGCACUUGCACGCCCAGGGAUUCACCGUCUUCGCGGGCUGUCUGCUUGGGGACCACGGAGGCAGCCCCGGGGCCAGGGAGCUGGCCAGCCUGGAGUCCGGCCGCCUGCAUGUCCUGCAGCUGGAUGUGAGCAGUGAGGAGGAGGUGGGGCGCGCCCUCCGGCGGGUGGAGGAGACCCUGGCGGAGCCUGAGCAAGGUCUGUGGGGCUUGGUGAACAAUGCCGGCGUGGCCUCCUUCGGAGAUGUGGAGUUCACCAGCAUGCAGAAGUACCAGGCAGUGGCAGCUGUCAACCUGUGGGGCACCAUCCGCGUGACCAAGGCGUUCCUGCCCCUGAUCCGCCGCGCGAGAGGCCGGGUGGUCAACGUGGCCAGCAUGUUGGGCCGGAUGGCUGCUCCGCUCCGCUCCUCCUACUGCAUCUCCAAGUACGGGGUGGAGGCCUUCACCGACUGCUUGAGGCAGGAGAUGUAUCGCUGGGGCGUUGGGGUCGUCGCCAUUGAGCCCAGCAACUUCAUUGCUGCCACCGGCAUCCUGACCCAGGAGGGCGUCGAGGCGGAGGCCCUGGAGAUGUGGCGUGGGGCCAGCGAGGAGGUCCGUGUGGACUACGGAGAGGACUACCUCCUGCGGCAGGCCAGCCAGAUGAAGGCCUUCGUGAGGAGCGGCCUGCCGGAUGUGGGCCUCGUUCUCAAUGAUAUCACCGACGCACUCACCGCCCGACACCCUUACGCCCGCUACAACCCCAUGGAGGCCAAGUGGUGGGUCCGACUGCAGGCCAUGACCCACUUGCCCACCAUGCUGGCCGACUGGCUUUAUUUCAAGUAGCUGCAGGCUGUGGCACCAGCUAGUGUGCCACAAGCAUCCACCCAGCAGCCUGACUGCUGACUGCCCACCGGAUGUCCUUCAGGAAUUGCCACUUUUGUUGUGGGAGGAAACAACAGUGGUGUUUCCAGACAUCUAUUUACAUAAGAACAGCCCUGCUGGAUCAGGCCCAAGAAUGCCCAUCUAGUCCAGCAUCCUGCUUCACACAGUGGCCCACCAGAUGCCACUGGAAGCCACAGGCAGGAGUUGAGGGCCUGCCCUCUCGUCUCCUGCUGUUACUCCCCUGCAACUGGUAUCCAAUGCAAGAGGCAUCCUGCCUAUGAGGCUGGAGGUGGCCUAUAGCCUUCCGACUAGUAGCCGUUGAAAGACCUCUCCUCCAUGAAGUUAUCCAAGGCCCUCUUAAAG